UUCCCCUUCUCUUCCUUCUCGCCCAAAUCCCACCGCCAUUGUUGAUUUCUUGAGCUCCGCCUCUCCACCCCAUCCAAUGUGACCACCAAUACCCUAGCCACGGGUCUCCAUGCCUCCGCCACGCCCCUCCGUCCUCUCCCUCCUCCUCCUCGUCGCCGUCCUCCUCCCGCCCGCCGCCGCGGCGGCCAUGCACCGCCACACCUCCGCAUCCACCCCCACCCCCGCCCCACCCGCCUCCUACCUCCGCGUGUCGUGGGCGAGCAACCUCACGCUCCUGGGCUCGGCCUCCCUCCUCCCGGGCGCGACGGCCGUCGCGCUCACCACCCCGUCCCGCGACGGCGUCGGCGCCGGGCGCGCCCUCUUCUCGGAGCCCGUCCGCCUCCUCGUGCCCUCCUCCACCGACCCCGCCUCCUUCUCCACCCGCUUCACCUUUCGCAUCACGCCCGCACCCACCUACGGCGACGGCCUCGCCUUCCUCCUCACCUCCUCCCGCACAUUCCUCGGCGCCUCCAACGGGUUCCUCGGUCUCUUUCCCUCCUCCUCCGCCUCCGACGAGGGCGAGGCCGACCUCCACGGCGUCACCACUGUCGCCGUCGAGUUCGACACCCACCGCGACGUGGCGCUGCGCGACCCCGACGGCAACCACGUCGCGCUCGACGCCGGGUCCAUCUUCUCCGUCGCGUCCGCGAGCCCCGGCGUGGACCUCAGGGCAGGGGUGCCCAUCACCGCUUGGGUGGAGUACCGCGCGCCGCGCCGCCGCCUCAGCGUGUGGCUCUCGUACUCGCCAUUCCGCCUCCCCGAGAAGACCGCCCUCUCUGCUGACGCCGACCUCUCCGGGCUCCUCCGCACAUUCAUGUACGCCGGCUUCUCGGCGUCCAAUGGCAACGGCGCGGCGCUUCAUGUCGUUGAGCGCUGGACCUUCCGCACCUUCGGCUUCGCCAACUCAUCCCACGCUUCGCCACCGUCUGAGCCCCCAGCGCCGCCCAACAAACCACUGCUGCCGCACAACAAACCACUGUUGCUUACAGGAAACCACCAGCACCAGCACCACCACCACAACCUAUUGUACAAGGUGCUUGGUGGAGUCCUCGGUGGCGUGGUCGUACUGGUAUUUGUUAUCGGUGGCUCUGUUGUUUGGCUCUCUAGGCCAAUUGGCCACCAAAGUGAAGAACGUAAGGUGCCGAGCGAAGACAAGCCUUAUGGGACGAUGUCUAUGGAGGUGGUGCGUGCAGCAACAAAGGGCUUCAACAGUGGCAAUGUGAUCAGCAUUGGCGGCUCCGGUGCCACUGUGUAUGAGGGGGUGCUCCAAUCUGGUUCAAGAGUUGCUGUCAAACGGUUCCAGGCUAUUUGGCCAUGCACGAAAGCAUUUGUGAGUGAGCUUGCAGCAAUGCUCAACUGCCCAAAUCACCCCAAUCUCGUGCGGCUUGCUGGGUGGUGCUGCAGUAAGGAUGAGCUCGUGCUUGUUUAUGAGUUCAUGCCCAAUGGGAAUCUUGACUGUGCACUGCACACAAUGGGUGGAGCAACACUUCCCUGGGAGGCACGAUUCAGGGCAGUGCUUGGUAUCGCCUCAGCGCUUGAAUAUCUGCAUGAUGGGUGUGAUCACCGGAUUCUACAUCGUGAUGUCAAGUCAUCUAAUGUGCUACUUGAUGCAGAGUUCAAUGCCCGACUGGGUGAUUUUGGGCUUGCUCGUUUAGUGAGCCACGGUGGAUUACCACACACAACACAGCCAGCUGGCACACUUGGCUACCUUGCUCCAGAGUAUGUGCAUUCAGGUGUUGCAACAGAGCGGUCUGAUGUGUACAGUUUCGGUGUGCUUGCUCUGGAGGUGGCCACUGGCCGAAGGCCCACAGAGAGGGGAAUCUCUGUUGUUGACUGGGUGUGGGUUCUAUGGGGUCGUCGGAGGCUGGUUGAUGCUGCAGACCAGCGGCUUCAGGGCCGAUUUGUUGCAGAGGAGAUGCGGCGGGUUCUGCUUGUGGGUCUCUCUUGUGUGCAUCCAGACUGCAGGAAGCGGCCUGGCAUGCGAAGGGUAGUCAAGAUGCUUGACGGGACUGCACCCUUGACACUGGUGCCAGAUAAGAAACCACCCGUUAUGCUCCAGACACAAGUAAAUCAAGCUUCGUCAAUGAACUCUGUGGAUACUAUCAAUACUGCAUUCUAUAGCUGUCGCUGAAUUUUAAUAGGUUUGUAAAGAGCAGCAUCUGAUUCAUAUGUAGUUGUGUUGGUACUUAACUUUUCCAAUGCUCUUUUGUGAAACAUGAGGUUAUAAGCUAAUGUUGUGGUUGUUAUAUAAUGUUGUCGGGUGUUGGGACACAAUACCACGUGUGCACAGAAAGGUGAAUAAAUAUUGUUAUGUGGUGCAAA